AUGGCUACCGCAGCAAAGAGACUCGUCGUCUGUGGAGGCAAUGGGUUUUUGGGAUCAAGAAUAUGCAAGUACGCUGUAGGAAGAGGAUGGGAUGUCACAUCUAUUAGCCGCUCUGGACAACCGAAAUGGGACAGCGUCACUUCAUCAGCAGCCGCACCAAGCUGGUCACACCAAGUCACAUGGGAAAAGGGUGACAUUCUCAAGCCGGCGACUUAUGCACCAUUCCUGCAAGGCGCCGACUAUGUUAUUCACAGCAUGGGCAUCCUGCUCGAAGCUGACUACAAGGGCCUGGUUUCUGGCCGCGAGUCCCCCAUCGCCGGCUUCCAAAAGGCCUUUGCCACCACAAAGGACCGCGGAAUCAACCCAUUGGAUACGAAGCCAGGCGAGGACAUCAAGCCUGACAAUCCCAACGAUCAGUUCUCCUACGAAGUCAUGAACAGGGACAGCGCCAUCGCCCUGGCCCGCCACGCCUCCGAGGCCAAGACCAAAGCAUUCUGCUACAUCUCGGCCGCGGGCGGAUCUCCCAUGCUGCCGCAGCGGUACAUCACCACCAAGCGACAGGCCGAAAACACCAUUGCGACCCAGUUUCCCGAGAUGAGGGGCGUCUUCUUCCGGCCUCCGUUCAUGUUUGACGAGUCGAGAAAGGUGACGAUGGGAUUGGCCGCCAUGGUCGGCGCCGGAGCGCUGUUCAACAAAUUCACGGGCGGGUACCUCAACACGUUCAUGGGCGCCGCGGGAGCCAAGCCGGCCAAGGUGGAAAUGGUUGCCGAAGCUGUUGUUGAAGCGCUUGCUGAUGAGCAGAUCAGCGGACCGGUCGAGACACCGCAGAUGGAGGAGCUGGCGCACAAGGCAUGGAGGAAAACAAUGUUGUAA